CUUAACCCAUUUGCGCCUGUUGUCUACUUUUGUAGACACUAGCAGUUAUCAGUACACUAGGACCUAAUUAUGAGCGCACAUUUGUUUAUCAUUGUUAUUCUAUACUUGUUGUCAUGAUAAGCGUUAAUUGGACUAUUUUGCUAGACAAAAUGCAGACCACUACGUUAUUUGCAGUGUGUUUUCAACAAGAAUGUGAUAAAAAUUGCCUUGAAAAUAUUAUUGAAAAUGGCUAGCAGAAACAGAAGAUACACAGUAAAUGAAAUCAUAUCAAUGCUUGAGGAUGAAGGUAACUUUGAAAGGGCAGAUAUACAUGUUCAACCACCUCCUGUAGAUGAACUGACAGAUGAAGAUAGUGCAAGUGAAGAUGAAGAAGUAGGUUACAACAACCUCAGUGGACGUCAGUUAGACCAACAAGCAACAGCGACAGUUAUUCGCCUAGAUGGACGUCAUGUUGUUGAUUCAGCAUCAGACUCCGAUCUAGAAACUGACCAUUCUUCAGAUUCUUCUGAUACAGAUGAAUACGAAGUGCCUGCAAAUAUUGCAAAAAGACCUCAAGUAAGAAUUGCACUACGGGAUCCAGCUCCGCGUCCCAAACGACCUGCACCAGUAAAGAGGAAGUGGGAAAAUAAAGAUCUACCUGAGCAAGAUAAAGACAGAUUCACUUGGCAUGGCUCAAAUAUAGACAAAAGUCGAUGGCCGCAAACACCAGAUGGCAUCUUCAACUUAUUUUUUGAUGAUGACGUGAUCAACAUGAUUGUUGAACAGAGUAUAAGAUAUGCUGGUUCAAAAGGCAGCCAUUCGUUUUCAACUUCACCCCAAGAAAUUAGGAUCUUCCUAGCAAUUCUGCUUAUAUCAGGCUAUAACACUGUGCCAAGACGGAGACAGUUCUGGAGCCGGGAUGAUGACGUAAGGAAUGAGGCAAUAGCUCGUACAAUGCCGCGAGACAGAUUCGACAUAUUGGUGCGAUAUGUACAUCUUUGCGAUAACAACAAUCUUGACAGAGAGGACAAGUUUAGCAAAGUAAGACCACUGCUAUGUCUGCUGAAUGAGCGCUUCUUGUUAUACUUCUUGAAAGAGAAAAACCUUUCAAUCGACGAAAGCAUGAUCCCGUACUAUGGGCGACACGGAGCUAAACAGUUUAUUCGUGGGAAACCAAUUAGGUUCGAAUUUUUCCUUGGAAUGGGCGGAGCAGUAGUUAUGGACCUGCUUUCAGAGCUGCAGAAAGAUGAUGCAUACCAUCUGACUUUUGAUAAUCUAUUUACUUCCCUGAAGCUCGUGGACCGGCUUACAGAUAUGGGAAUAUCUUGCACAGGAACCAUCCGUGCCAACCGAAUAGAAGAUUGUCCUGUCAAAAAUGUAAAAGACAUGGGAAAAACGCAACGAGGAAACUAUGAUAAAAGGUAUGACGCACACAAAGGUCUGAUAGUGGUGAGGUGGAAUGACAACAAUAUAGUGAAUGUGGUGUCAAAUUGCCAUGGAGUUGAACCAUUGCAACAAGCAACACGGUGGUCAAAGCAGGAAAAAGCUAGGGUGCGCCUUCCGCAGCCAUACCUUAUAAAGCAUUACAACCAGACAAUGGGAGGUGUGGACAGGAUGGAUCAAAAUGUUGAGAAGUAUCGUAUCUCUAUCAGAUCCAAGAAGUGGUGGUGGCCAGUGUUUAUGUAUUGCAUUGACCUUGCGGUGCAGCAAACCUGGCACAUUUACCGUGCUACUGAUGCAGGAUUGAGGCAACCAUUAGAUCUGUUAGGUGUCAGACGAGCUCUGGUUACUGUGCUGCUUGCUCAGGGGCGUACACCUGCUGUCAGCCCUGGCAGACCAAGAGGUAGGAUGAGGCCAUUGUCAAGAAGAAUUCCAGACCAUAUCCGACUUGAUGGUAAAAAUCAUUACGCAGAGCCAGCAAAAGAAGUGCGCUGUUCAUUGUGUGGAAAAAAUGCAGGACACAAUGUUCCAAAUGUAAUGUUGGAGUGCACAGGAAAUGCUUUGAAAUGUUUCACAGUGUUUAGGUAUUCAUACGAUCAAAGCCAAAAGACAUGA